GAAAUGCCAAGAGAAAGAAGAGGAGGAAAUAGAGUGGGAGAUAAAUUUGAAGAAAUAAAGCGAUCUAUUGAACAUUUUAUAGAAAGUAUGAAGUGUGCAGAAAGUCACUAUGUUAGGGGACAAUCGUUUAGGUUGUAUCUGCCUUGUGAUUUGAGUUUCUCCAAGAUGUAUGAGAUGUACUGUAGGCAGCAUCCUCAGUUUUCGGUGAAAAUCUCCUAUUUUCGCAGUUACAUCAAUCAAAAGUAUAACUUAUCAUUUGGCACUCCUUUAAGUGACGCUUGCUCAACAUGUCUCAAGGCAAAGGAAUCUCUGAAGAAGCAAACUUCUGAAGCAGAGAAGCUAAAGGUUAUGACUGAACAGAGAGUGCAUAUCCUGCGAGCAAGAGCCUUUUAUUCUCUGCUAAAAACUGAAUCAGAUUAUGUACAAAUAUUUUCUUUUGACUGCCAGAAGAAUCUGUGCUUACCGAAACUGCCAGACCAACAGGCCUACUUUUCGCAGCAGGUAAAUUUGUUUAACUUCACUAUAGUAGCUGGAAACUCUAACACCUCACUCACCCCGAUGAAUGUAAAAUCGUAUGUGUGGCUGGAACACGAAUAUCCAAAAAAUUCUAAUGCCAUUGCUUCUGCUGUCCACGAGACCCUUAUCAAGUUUAACUUCGGAGCCCAAAUAGAAGAAGUCCACCUAUUUGCAGAUGGGUGCGGUGGACAAAAUAAAAAUAGUACAAUGAUGGCAAUGAUAAUGUAUUGGCUAACAACUGAAGCCCCCAAAAACAUUAAGAAGCGAGAUAUCAUAAUAAAUAGAAAGCAGUAUGAGGACAUAAUUGGACAACAUUCAAAGGUAUUAAAACUUGGAGCGGGUUGGGAUGUUUUUGAUUGGAAGACCAAAACUGAUAAUGUUUUGAAGAAACCCAGCCAAUGGCAUUUUAAGUGUAACGAAUCAAAGAGAUUUAUAUUUCGCAAGGAAAAGGACUAUGUCACACUAAGAGGUGAAGUAUUUUACAAGUCAGACAUGGGCUGUGCAAAAACAAUAGUGAGGAAGAGCAAAAAGGUUGCUCAACUGAAGCCAAGUAUCCAAAGAAUCGGAAGUACUUUAAGAGGUGAUAAAUCCUCCAUAGAUUCCCUACUCAAAAAGCAUUAUGGAGCCGAUUGGAGAGACAAUCCAGAUUUAGAUUUCUAUAAAAUAAUAGAUAAAGGUUUGAACCACAAUACAGAAGACACUGUUAUGGAAACUGGCCACAUAGAUGAUUAUGAUCUGGAAGACGUCAGAGUUUGACUAGAAGUAUACUUUUUUAUGUACUAAACGUUUUUUUGU